GGGGAAUGUGGUCAUGAUGAAAAGCCACAAUAAUGCACCAAUAUAAUAGUAAUAAUAAAUAAAUAGAAGAAGAAAAAGUGAGCCAAAAAUCAUAUGAUAUUAUGUUGAGUGAUGUUUGAAAAAAAAGAGGCAAAAUAUUGAAUGCAAAAUCACUAUAAAAUCAUAGUUGCAAGGAAAUGAAAAGACGAAAAUGAUGGAAAGUGAUAGCAUUGAGAAAAAGUUUAAGUUAAAACAUUCUUCAGCUGAGAAGUUCUAUGGGUUCUUAAGGAACGAUUUGGGGGAUUUGGUGAAAAUGUUUCCUGAUGUUUACAAAACCAUCGAGGUUGUAGAGGGACGAACUUUCUCUUCUGGAAGUGUUGUACAUUUUCAGUACCAUCUUGGAGAUCAAGUUGUAUCAGAAAAAUGGUUAAUAAAAGUUGCAGAUGAUGCUAAGAAAUGCAUAGUCUAUGAAGCUGUUGAAGGAGAUAUGCUAAACUAUUACAAAAUGCUUAGAGCAAGGGUUGAAGCUGUUAAUGGAAGAUCAAACGAAAUAGGAGAAAGCUUUGCAGAAUGGACUGUUGAGUUUGAAAAGGCUGAUGAAAAUGUGCCUUUACCUCAAACCCACUUGGAUUUGUUUGUCGAAAUGUCCAAAGCCGUCGAUGCUUAUUGUUUUUCCUGUUCAAAAUGAAACAUGCAAUAUGUGAGAAUUGACUUAUGAGGCUUUAGAACAAAUUAAAAGAGGUGAGUUAAAAUGUUAAAUUGUGUUUAAUUUGUGGUAUGAGUUAAGCUCGUGAAAUGUUGUAAUCUAAAUCAUCCAAAUGUGAAGUAGAAUACACAUCAAGAAAGUUAUGGGUCUUCCAAUAAAUUUGUUUUAUUUCCUCGCUCUCAAA